GUCGUCGGAAUUGACGACGUAGAUUUUAUUAUUUUACUGAAUUUUUAUAAUUUUUUUAUAAACAUACCUAUAUAGGUUAGGUGAAAAUUAGUAUUCCUCUAUCAUUUCAUAUCGCACUUGCGCAAUAACGCAAUAAUCAGCUGAUUUGAGUGACAUGGGUUGUGAAAUGGGAAAAAGAACACGUUUUUAGUAUGAUCUUAUAAAUUAAAUAAAUUUAUAUAUAAAAUAGCAAGAAACAAUUCUCUGGUUACAAAAGAUUUUAUUAACACGAAUUGUCUUUACAUUGAUUUUACCAAGAUGACUAAAAGGAAACUUGACGACGAGAACGAUGCCACUCUAGCGGAUACUCAAGUCAAGAUUGCUUCUCGUUUUAAAUCAGACACUGGUGAAGUACUACCUGGUGGUCUGCUAGAAUUGCCAGUCAAUGUUACCAUAAAUAAAUUACAAGAUAUUUGCAAUGCUUUGCUGCAGCAAGAAGAGCCAUUACCUAUGGCAUUUUAUGUAAAUAAUGUGGAGAUCACAGAUACAUUGGAGAAAUUUGUAGGCGAAGACUUUAACAUUAGUGAACAUGUUAUGGAAAUCGUGUAUCAACCACAAGCGGUGUUCAAAGUUAGAGCUGUUACGAGAUGCACUGGGUCCUUAGAAGGACACAAAGAAGCCGUUAUAUCUGUUGCUUUUUCACCAGAUGGCAAGCAUCUAGCCAGUGGUUCUGGUGAUACAACAGUAAGGUUCUGGGAUAUCCAUACACAAACACCAUAUUAUACAUGUGAGGGACAUAGACAUUGGGUCUUGUGUAUUUCUUGGUCGCCAUGUGGUUCUAAGCUUGCUUCUGCAUGUAAAAAUGGAUCAAUUUAUUUAUGGAACCCUCAUACUGGCAAACAAAUGGGAAAAGCCAUGACAGGACACAAAAAAUGGGUGACAUCCUUAUGCUGGGAGCCCUAUCAUAAGAAUCCAGAAUGCCUACAUUUAGUGAGUGCGUCCAAAGAUUAUGACAUACGUAUUUGGGACACAAAGAGGGCACAAACUUGUCGCAUUUUGUCUGGUCAUACGAAAAGUGUGACUUGCGUCAAAUGGGGUGGUAGUGGUCUCAUUUAUUCUGCCUCUCAAGAUAGAACUGUCAAAGUAUGGAGAGCACAAGAUGGUGUAUUAUGUAGAACUUUGGAAGGCCAUGCUCAUUGGGUGAAUACUUUAGCCUUGAAUGUUGAUUAUGUGCUUAGGACAGGCCCUAUGCAAUUGGGUUCAAGUGCAAAAAAUCUGUUAGAAUAUGCAAGAAUGCGAUAUGAAUCUGUAGGUGAAGAGAAGCUUGUGUCUGGAUCUGACGAUUUCACAUUGUUUUUGUGGAAGCCAGAAAAAGAGAAGAAACCUAUUGCAAGGAUGACAGGUCACCAGCAACUUAUCAACGAUGUUAAAUUUGCGCCGAAUGGUCGUAUAAUUGCAUCUGCGUCUUUUGACAAGUCCAUUAAAUUGUGGGAAUCUAAUACCGGGAUAUAUAUCGCCUCAUUAAGGGGGCAUGUUCAGGCAGUUUAUUCAUUGGCGUGGAGCGCUGAUUCUCGUCUGCUAGUCAGUGGCAGUGCAGAUUCAACUUUGAAGGUUUGGAGCAUGAAAACUAAAAAGUUAAGCCAAGAUCUACCUGGUCAUGCGGAUGAAAUUUAUGCUGUCGACUGGUCACCAGACGGUCUACGAGUCGCUUCGGGUGGAAAAGACAAAGUGUUGCGACUAUGGCAGAAUUAAAAAUUAAUAUAAACUAAUUUAUAAAAAAAUCAUGGAAUGUAUUUUUUUCAUUCCCAAAAUGAUCAAAUAUUAUUAUUUUAUAUUAAUUGAAAAUACUGUUAAGCAUGAAAAUUAGCGAUAUACAUAUAUUUUUAUGUACUUGGCGUCGCGACGUUACCGCGUCGCUUGAUAAUUUAAAAAAAAAUGAGCUUACAAUAUUUUAAAACAUACAUUAUUUUUAACAUUAUAUAAAUAAAAUGAAUCGCGAA